GAAUAAUUUAACUUGUUCCAUUUUCUUUCAAAAUCUUCAUAUCUGCUACAAGCUAAGUUACUAAGUUUUUUGAAUCGUUUUUUACGCAUUGCAAUCAUGGAUGGAGCAAUCGAUGAAAAUUGUGACGAGAAAGUAAAAAUUAUUAAUAGAGAAUGUGAAUAUGAUGUCUCUAAAAAGUUAAUUUGUUCAAAAGUGCCUUAUUUUAGAAACAUGUUUAACAGUGGUUUAAAGGAAUCAAAACAAAAUGUGGUGAAACUUGAUUUCAAUGAAAUUGCUUUUGAUAGUUUCAUCAACUGGAUUCUUUCUGAUUUUCUCACUAUCAAAAUGGACAUGGUUAUCUUUUUGAACGAGAUGGCUGAUUAUUUGAUGAUGCGGGGUUACAUUUCUUCUUAUUGUCACGAGUUCUUUCAUUGUAAUUUCAAUGCAGAUUAUCUUCCGGAUGUUUUACCCCAAGUUACGAAAGUAUCAAAAUUGAUCAAAUCAGAAACUGUUGACAAUUUCAUCUGCCGCUAUUUCUUGUUGAUCGCCAAUACUAAUAGUUUCUUGAAAUAUCCAGUUGAGGCGGUUGAAGCUAUUCUCAAAUUGGACCUGAUGAUUUACUCUGAAUAUCAAAUUUUUGAAUCAAUCAUGAAAUGGGUGAACCAUAAGAAAGAUUCCAGAUUACAAACUCUUCCACAUUUAUUGAGUUACGUCCGUUGGUGCUUCAUUGAUUCUGUUGAUUUAUCUAAAAUAAAAGAUAAUGAGUAUAUCAAGAAUCUGCUUAAUUUUGGUUCAAUUAUCUCAUCUAGCGGCGAAUCUAAAUUCGAUCGUAGCAAUCAAAAAUUCUUCAUUACUUUCAUUGAUAUAAUUGAUGGCGAAAUUCCAAAAGUGAGAAUACAUCUGUAUAAUGAUAAAAUGUAUAGUUUACCGAUUGGCGAUUUCACCCAAAACGAUGAUAUCUCGCUUGAGUUCGUGUACGGCGACAGAACUUCAGAUAUUUUAUUUGAUUCUGGGACUAAAGGAAUUCGUAUUGAUUGGAUUAAUCACACAUUUCGAUGGUUGGACUCCGAAUUUCUCAUUUCAACUUACUAUGGCGAUAUAGGUAGAUUGAUCAUUAAAUUCCAGAUUAAUCUCAGUGAAUUUUCUUGCUUUUUGGAUGAAAAUGCUACUGAACUUCCUAAUCCUAUAUCUAAUGAGUAUUUAUUGCUUGAAUCCAAUGGAAAAAUCAUCUUGAUUGGUAAAACUCGUAGAGAAAAAAAGUUGUUUGGUAUUUUUCCAGUUCUUAAUCAUGAAUGGUUCCAAGGAUUUAGAAAGCGUAAACACUCUUUCCAUGCUACUGUUUUAGACAAUGUUGUUUAUAUAUUGACAAAGGAUCUCGAAUUUAUCGAGUUUAAUUAUGAAACUCGAAGCUACAAUAAGAGUGAACCAUUCAAAUACGAUUGUGCAUUUGAAUUCGAUUCUGUCUAUUUAACUUCUCACCAAACUAAAGAUGAUAUGAUAAUUUUGGUUGACAAAACAUCAGAAAUUGGACGAAUUCAUGUUUACUGCACUAAGCGUUCAAAAUGGACUUAUAAUUACGCUGAUAUCUCAAAUGAUGAAUUUGACUUCACUGCCUUCACUGCAGCAUUUCUAUCUUUGAAAAAUAUCAAACCUGCGUUUGGCCACAAAUUUUUCCCGACUCAAUGACACUAUUAUUUAAAUCUCAAUCUUUUUAUUUUUGAAGAAAACUUUAAAAUUUUGAAUUCAGAUUUGCUUAAGAUCCUUGAAUUUUCGUAUCUCUUUACCUUUCACCAAGCUAGCAAAUAUUUAAUGCUUAAGUCUUGAGCUGCUUCAUGGAAGACAAAAAGUAGCAAUAAAACACUAAUCAUAACUUUUGACCUAAACUUGAGAGUAGUAUCUUUGAACUAAUCACAUCAUGUAAAUUUAUCAUGUAAUUCAACAUAAAUAAAAA